AUGCCAAUAUUUCAUAUGUUGAACAUAGGGAUAAACCAAGCGAAAAAUUGUAUGGAAAGCUUUAAUAGAGGUUAUGCCAGUGUAGAAAUUCAUUUUAUCAUCACUCUUGAUUUGUUUCCAGCUGAAUGGAGCUUGUGUUUUGUUUUUUGGGCCUUAUUAUUAAUUCGAAUGAUUAAUGAUGCGUCAUCCAAACCUUUCGAACGUCUUUUUCGAACGUUUUCGAGAAAAUCUAAAGAAUUUCAAAAGAAAGACACUCUCAUAACAAUGUCGUCUGUGGCAGGAUCAAAGCGUCGAAUUGACAAUAAGUCGUGCAAAAUCAAGUACAAAGCUCUUAAAGCGUUGGAAAAGGGUACUGCGCCAAAGGAUGUGGCAAAAGAGUUCAAAAUUCCUCCAAGCACCCUGUCAACUUGGAAAAAAAAUAAAGAAAAGAUUUACAAGCAGUUUAACAACGGGCAAACAUCGAAGAGAUCAAAGCCAGAAAAAUUCGAAGAUGUGAACAAAGCUGUUCAUAAAUGGUUACUUAUGAUGAGGAGUGAGAAUAUCCCAAUCAGUGGCCCGAUGCUGAAAGAGAAAGCUCUUGAGUUUGCCGAAGCGUUGGGUGUCGAGUCAUUUCAAGCUUCUCAGGGGAUGGCUAAAUGGAAAACCAGGUAUGGAGUAUCCUUCAAAACCAUCGCUGGAGAAUCACGGUCCGUCACUGAGGAAAUGACAGCGCCAUGGUCGGAGACAACAUUACCAACCAUUCUCUCCCGCUAUCCUCUGGAAGACAUUUUUAACGCCGACGAAUUUGGGCUUUUCUUUCAAUGCCUUCCCAAUAAAACUUUGCAUAUGAAAGGUGAUAAGUGUUCUGGAGGAAAACACAGCAAAGUUAGACUUACUGGUUUAGCUGCUGGUAAUGCCUUGGGGGAACGAUUGCCAAUGUUUGUAAUCGGCAAGUCCGCCAACCCUCGUUGCUUUAAAGGUGUCAAAACACUACCCUGUCGAUACCGUUCGCAAAAGAAGAGUUGGAUGUCUGGAGAGCUGUUCGAAGAGUGGGUACGCGAGCUUGAUCGAAAAUUCUCUGUGUCUAAGCGAAAAAUUGCUUUGAUUAUUGACAAUUGUACCGCACAUCCUCAUGUUGAAAACCUGGAAUGGGUAGAAUUGAUCUUUCUUCCUCCAAAUACCACGUCCCGAACCCAACCUAUGGACCAAGGAAUUAUCCGCGCCCUGAAAGCAAAAUGUCGAUCGCUAGCAGUGCGGAAAUUGAUAAAAGCCUUGGACGAGGAAAAAUCGACUCCGAAGUUCUCGAUUCUUGCAGCUAUGUACAUGCUAAGGAAAGCAUGGGAUGAUGUUUCCAACAAAACAUUCACCAAUUGCUUUCGAAAAUCAGGAAUUUCCCAAAAGGAUGCAGAAAGAGCGAUCAACGAAGAUGACGACCCUUUUAAAAGUUUAACCAGCGAAGUAGAAGAAGACCCAAUUCCGACCCUCGAUGCUGAACUCUCUUACAUAAAACGAAGGUUUCCUGACCACAUUGAUCCUGACUUAUCAACUGAAGAUUUCAUUGAUUAUGACAUUGAAGUCAGUACAUCCCAUGGGCGUCUGAAGACUGCUGACAUCAUUGCUGAGAUCACUGGGACUCAAGACGAAGAAUUAGAAGAGGUCGACGAAGAAGACAAGGAGGAAGAAGAUAAGAUCACAAGACCAACGGCCGAGCAAGUGCGUACAGCUAUCAACGUCCUCGAAGACUUGAGUAUUUUUUCACAUUUUGGAGAAGAAAUGAUAGCUUCCCUGAGGGACUUGAAUCGUAAUAUCGCCAAAGAUUUUGAUAUGAGUUGUAAGCAAACAGUUAUCACCGACUUCUUUUCUAAAUAA